AUGAGUGCAAUCAACGUGUUGAUCUCUAACGGGACCUGCUACUACGCAGCAGGGAGGAAAGCCUCGUCGAACAUUAUACCAUGCGGCAACGCUGCAAAUGGCGCCCAGCAAUGUUGUCAGGAAGGCGAUUUCUGCCUAGAGUACAACGUCUGCUUCAAUGCAAAUUAUACCACAACCUAUUUGGCCGGUUGCACUGACGAAGACUUCACCUCGCCCAAUUGCCCGGGAAAAGGCACCUCGGAGCAGCAGCUCCUCAACCUAGUCCAAUGCGCAGACUCCGAGAGUGGCGGUUCUGUCGUCUGGAGCGCGUGUUCGGCGGCCACCACCAGGACGGAGAUCGGACCACCAGCGGCAUGUACCUGCACGAACUCGGAUAAUGGGAUCUUGACGGGACCCAAGAGCUUCUCCCCAGUCGCAUCCCUGCCGACGACAAUCGGGGAGACGAUCAGCUUCCAGAGUGGGCACACGCCAAAGACGAAAGGAAUCGCCACAGCCACUUCGACUGCAACCGACGGACAGCUCACGACGAUGACGACACCGAUCGCCACUUCUUCAGCAACUGCCUCGAGCACAGUCGCCGAAGACUCGGGCCUGUCCAAAGGCGCAAAGGCAGGCAUCGGUGUCGGUGUGGCAGCAGUCGCCGCCGGAGUCCUCGCAUUGAUCGCAUUCCUGUUCGUACGGUACCGGCGGAACCAUACCAAGAAGCCAGCAGAAGAAGUAGCGUAUCAUCCUACAGCGCCUGGCCCAGAAAUGGCACAGUCGCCGCCGCCACAGUAUGGAAGCCCAAGCAGCCCGUACGGCUCACCCGGUGCCACCGGCGCCCCAGCCGUAGGGUAUACGGGCUAUACGGGGUUCAAGUCUGAGUUGCCCGCGGUGCCAGUGGAAUCCAAAUCUGCGUUUACAUAUGAGCUUCCGGCGGGCAAUAACGCUCACUCGAGCGUACAUGGUUUUCAUAGGAAUGCUACGGUGUCGAUGCUAUCAAUGCCUGGGUCACCGGGACACCUCAGUAUGGUGUCGGACAUCUCGAGGGCUCCGUCGGUCGCACCUUCUGAUCACUCGAAUCAGAGUGAUGGGUAUACGAGGGGUCCGGUUGGAGGGAACAUGACACCAAUUGCUGAAUUGCACGGGUGA